UUUCUCCAAACUUCUUUCCUUCCCGAUCUGCAUCAUAAUUUCCGCCAUGGCUCAAUCUGCGAUUGUUGCCCAGAUGGCCGAGUGUGGCGCACUCGGCGUUCGCGCUCAGUCCCUCUCAGUGGUUCGUCGAGUAAGCGUGGUUAGCUCUCUCACACUCAAGCGUCCCAGGGUUCUCCCAGCAUCGAAGUCUUUCGGUGUUUCCCUCUCAGCCUUUUCAAGGCCCCAGGUCGUCAAAGCUGAGUCUGCCUCCCGGUUGAGAAUUGUUGCGCAAGCCCAAGCAGAUGCUGGCGCCGGUUCCGCCCCUGAGCCCAAGGCAGUUGCGACUACCGAGGCUGAGGACGCGGCCUUUAAGGUCAAGAUCGGUGGAUAUUUUGCCCUGUGGUGGACAUUGAACGUUGUCUUCAACAUCUACAACAAGAAAGUGCUCAACGCCUUUCCCUAUCCAUGGCUCUGCUCCACCCUCGCUCUUGCUGCCGGAGUGUCGAUCAUGCUGCUCUCAUGGGCUACGCGCUUGGUGGAGUUUCCCGACACCGAUCUGGACUUCUGGAAGACAUUGUUUCCCGUCGCCGUCGCCCACACAAUCGGUCAUGUGGCUGCGACCGUGAGCAUGUCGAAGGUCGCUGUGUCCUUCACCCACAUUAUCAAGAGCUCUGAGCCUGCCUUCAGCGUCAUCGUCCAGACCUUUAUGGGCGACCAUUUUGCGCUUCCGGUCUACCUGUCCUUGGUUCCCAUUAUCUUUGGGUGUGGCCUCGCAGCGCUUACCGAGCUGAACUUCAACAUGGGAGGCUUCAUGGGUGCCAUGAUUUCGAAUUUGGCGUUCGUUUUCCGCAACAUCUUCUCGAAGAAGGGGAUGAGCUCCGGCAAGAAAGUGGGAGGUCUCAACUACUACGCGUGCCUGUCCAUCAUGUCGCUCAUCAUCCUCAUCCCCUUCGCCUUCUGGCAAGAGGGCCUCACGAUGUGGACUUCCGGCUGGCAGACAUCGAUUGCGGAGGUUGGGCCAAAGAUCGGCUGGUGGAUUGCUGCUCAGAGCGUGUUCUACCACUUGUACAACCAAGUCUCCUACAUGUCGCUGGAUCAGAUUUCGCCUCUGACGUUCAGCAUUGGAAACACGAUGAAGCGUGUGUCCGUCAUUGUCGCGUCCAUCAUCAUCUUUAGAACACCAGUCCGAUUGAUCAAUGGCGUUGGAGCAGCCAUUGCCAUUCUCGGAACCUUCUUGUACUCUCAGGCGAUUGAGGCUCAGAAGAAGGAAGCUAAGGCCAAGGCUGCUACCUCCUAAUUUUGUGCUGUUGGCGCUGGAUGUUAUAGAAAAUGUGUGUUGGUUCAUGUCACCAGCAUGUGCUGUUUCUGUACCUGUAGGCAUCUUUCUGCUACCUAAUGCUAGUGUAGUCCUUCGCCUAAAGGAGGGUCAACUUGUCCAAUAAAAGUCUGAUUUCUGCUACGCUAAUGUCCUGAAUCUCGCUGAACCCUUCGCAUCUGAAUUGAAAGGGCGGGGGGUGUGGUACUCCAAGUUCAAACGGCAUUUUUUUGAAUGCUG